AAAACAUUAAUUUCAAAAUUAAAACCAACAAAAUCCGGAAUAUGUGAAAUUUGAAAAAAAAAAUAAAAAUUCAAAACUUAAUUGAAAAUUACAAAAAAUAACUAUUUAAAAACUGAAAAAAAAAAACAACUCAAUACCAUAUUUAAAUAUAUGCUCGCCAUCACGUGUGAUUAAUCUCUGGAAAAAUACCACAAAUAAGCCGGCAGAACGAAAGAAAAAAAAUAAAAAAAAAAAAAACAAAAGAAACAAAAACUCCACCUGUAAUUUGGAAAGCGUUUAAUUACAAAUUUAACGGUAUUUUGUUUGAGCAUGCCACACAGCCAUGCCAUGCAUGCCAUGUCAUGUCCAUAACUAAUUAACUGUGAUUUAUUUAAAUUUCGUUCAACCAAACGUGACACCUUCAAAGUCAAGUGAAGUGAAGUAAAAGAAUCAACGGCAAAAGAGCCGGUUCUCCAACACGAAAAGCAAAAGAACAAAAAUCAAGAAUUUUCCAAGAUUUUCUGCUGCACAAAAAUAAUUUCCUGCCAACAACACCAACAACAACAAACACAUCGUAAAAAUGGUUUGUUUCACACAAUUUGUGCAAAUUUUAAUAGUUUCCUGCAGCAUCAAUAUUCUGCUGCUGCUGUUGGUGAUGGUGUCAGCCACAGCGGCCAGCAACACAACGCCAUCGUCAUCGGCUUCAUCACUGCCAUAUGAAGCCAGUAGCUUUGCCACAUCUGGAAAAUACCAUCACGAAGCACAUCAGCAGCAAUUUGCUGGGGAAAAAUCCGCCACCAAGAAAUUGCAUCGCCAUGCCACCAAAGGUCUUGACAUGAUGGCCAUGGUCGCUUCGACUCGUCAAAAUCCCAUCAAAAAUUGGUUUGGAGCCUUUAAUAGGAACCUGACUACAACCACAACAAAUGGGCCAGGCGGCGGCGGCGGCACCAAUACUGCCCAGGAUCCCAACAAACAGACAUGUUCAUGCAGAUGCGGUGAGCGCAAUGAUGAGUCGCGCAUUGUUGGCGGCACAACAACGGGAGUCAGUGAAUACCCAUGGAUGGCACGUCUGAGCUAUUUUAAUCGCUUCUAUUGUGGCGGCACACUGAUCAACGAUCGCUAUGUGCUGACAGCGGCCCACUGUGUCAAGGGCUUUAUGUGGUUCAUGAUCAAGGUCACAUUUGGAGAGCACGAUCGUUGCAACGACAAAGAGCGGCCGGAGACUCGCUUUGUGUUGAGGGCGUUUACACAGAAAUUUAGUUUUUCGAAUUUCGACAAUGAUAUAGCCCUGCUGCGUUUGAAUGAUCGGGUACCGAUUACCAGUUUUAUUCGCCCCAUCUGCCUGCCAAGACCCGAGGAACGUAAUGAGUUAUUUGUGGGUACCAAAGGCAUUGCCACCGGUUGGGGUACUCUGAAGGAGGAUGGCAAACCGUCGUGUCUGCUGCAGGAAGUUGAGGUACCCGUCUUGGACAACGAAAGCUGUGUCGCCCAGACGAAUUAUACCUCGAAAAUGAUUACGAAAAAUAUGAUGUGUGCCGGUUAUCCGGGUACGGGAGAACGUGACAGUUGUCAGGGUGAUUCUGGUGGCCCCCUGGUACGUUUGCGUCCCGACGAUAAACGUUACGAACAAAUCGGCAUUGUUUCGUGGGGUAAUGGUUGUGCCCGACCCGAUUAUCCUGGGGUCUAUACCAGGGUUACCAAAUACUUGGAUUGGAUUAAGGAGAAUUCACGAGAUGGUUGUUUUUGUGAUGAACAUUUUUGAGAGAGAGUGAGAGAAUGGUAUAAGGAUUUCAAUGGGUUAGUUAAGGAAUAAAUGAAAAGAAUAUAUUUUUAAGAAAAAUUUCAAUAUUUUAAAAAUUGAGA